AUGCCAGCGCUCUCCAACCCUACACCGUCAAGUACUGCGGCAGGAACAGCUGAUGGCGGAUCCAUGUCGCUGCCUUGCGAUUGCUGGGAGGACCGCAGCUUGGACGCGAUCUUUGACACGAAUGUCUCAGACAGCGACGGCGAUCGGGAGAACGUGCCGCGACCUCCAACGACCGCACAUCGGGCGCUGGGCAGUGCCAACCCGGCAGCCUCGUCCUCCAGCGGUACGCUCAACUCAGAGGCCCGAGGCGCUUCACGUGGCUCGUCGUUGACUGCUCGGCUUCACGACGGCACCGUACUUCCUUCAACGCGGAGCGCUCUUGGUCCUGCAGCGAGAACGUCUGCGUCUAGAGCAUCGCCAGCCAAUGAGCGCACUGUAUCCUCAAUUACCGCCGCUGCCCGCGCGAGUAGCGCUCGCUCAGCGGCAAGGCGCGGCAGGGCCCGAGCGGGAGCGUCGACCGUCGCAAGUUCAAGGGGCGUCGUUGGCUCGCCGUCCAUUGACACCCUUGACUUGGACAGCUGGCGUCGAACUGUCAGGGAGACUUCCCGCGCAAACGCCAGCAACACGUCCAACACGCGCUGGAGAACCGCACGACGGCCUGUGCAUGCCACGAAUGCACGGGGAAGGUGGACGACACGGACACGGUCCGCUCGGCAUUCGGAUUCCGAGUCUAGUGAGGAAGAAUCGGAUUCGGCAGAGUCAGAACACUCACUAGAACGGGACACAGGUGGCUGGGACGACGACGACGACUACGACGACGAUUAUGACAUUCGUGGGCGAAAUGCCCUCUCCCCUCCGCCCUCAUACCCCGUUGCCCGGGCAUCGGAUGACGUUAUCAUUAUCAGAGCACCGCCGCCCUCCUACAACGAGACGUUCGACGCUGCUGCGGCGACCCCGUCCACCAGCCAUACGCCGCUCACCGUGGAUUCUAGGGCUGCUGGUGGCGCCAGGGUUAGCCUCCGUACACUCGUCGCACUUUCCUACAGCGCCGCCCAGGGGCCUUCUUCGCUCGCAGCCCAGGCCACGCAGUCUCCCAAUGCCGGCCAGCGUCGUCGUGCCUCCUGCAGCCCCUCGGAGGUGGAACCUAAUGGUCUAGAUGGCCCUCGGGCAAGCAAGAGGCCGCGGUAUGGUGACAUGUAG